GUUUGCAGAGUGACAACAAGUGAACAUAACCUCAAACAAACUGUUAACAUUGUUAUUAAAUUUGAGAAGUUUAUUAUUUCUUCUACUGCAUAGUCAUACUCUUUUUGCAAAAUAAUAUACAAUGCCGAUAAAAUAUAUUGGAAGAACGACCUAUUUCAAAGGUAAAACUUUGUGGGAAAUAUUGGGCAAUCUAAAAGAUUUGGGAGUCGGUAGAUAUGUGGUUAGAAAUAGAUUUGUCGAACGAUAUUCCGAACCCACAUAUCACAAAAUUUUGAAAGUUGAAACAUUACCUGCUACAAAAGUGGAAAAUCCUCACGAUAAUCCACGUAAAGUCAUGGCACUGACAGAAAAAAUAUUUCGAGGAGUAAAAGCGAAAGGUCUCGUGCAAUUAGACUCUACAAGUUAUAAAAGUGACUAUUUAUUGAUUCCCAAGGAAGAAGAACAUCUUCUAGGAGCUGCAGUGCCGGCAAAGGAGAAAAUUCUUCCAAAAACAAUGGAAUUUCCACCACUUGUUAAGGAGCUUUUACUUCGCCAAAUGAAAAAUCAAGGAAAACCAAUCACAGAGCCAAAAUUGAAUAUUAAAUACAAUUUCAAAAAUAAAUUCACUUUAAACAGAAUUGCCGAAGAUGGUGAAACUCCAGACUUUGAAAUAAAAAUGACACUUCAACGAAGAAAUGACUCAAAGUUGUAUUCAAAUGUUAAAGAAUAAUUUAUGUUAUGUAUGAUAAUUAGGAUAAUAUAUUGUACAUUGUUUUAUUUAAAA